CGUUCAUCAUCAUCAUCAAAUCAAACACUGUAAUCAAGUACAUCCUCUGUUUUUUCCAACCAAAUUGAGCAAACAUGUCUCUGAUUCCAAGUUUUUUUGGUGGUCGCAGGAGUAACAUUUUCGAUCCAUUUUCACUCGAUGUAUGGGAUCCAUUGGAAGGCUUCCAAAUCUCUAAUAUCCCAUCCACUGCACGUGAAACCUCAGCUUUUGCAAAUGCAAGAAUCGAUUGGAAAGAGACCCCACAAGCCCAUGUUUUCAAAGUGGACGUUCCAGGGAUCAAGAAAGAGGAAGUGAAAGUCGAAGUUGAAGAAGGAAGAGUUUUGCAGAUUAGCGGUGAGAGGAACAAAGAGCAAGAGGAAAAGAACGAUCAAUGGCACCGUAUGGAGAGGAGCAGUGGUAAGUUUUUAAGGAGAUUUAGGUUGCCUGAGAAUGCUAAAAUGGGGGAAAUUAAGGCUGCGAUGGAGAAUGGAGUGUUAACUGUGACUGUUCCGAAAGAAGAAGUGAAGAAACCUGAGGUGAAGGCUAUUGAUAUUUCUGGUUAAAGAAGAGCGGAUCAGCUGUGGUUGAUGGAAGUACUUGUUAAUAAUGUUUGUUUCUUCUAGUCUUUUGGUUGGUUGGAGUUUUAAGGUUUUAAUCUUGAAUUAUGUGUCUUGUGUAAUUUCUGUGGCUGUGGUCUUCUACUUGCAGUUGUGAUCAAGGAAAUAUUGUGAGAGUUUGAUUA